AUGUUCCUGUGUGCCGUCGCUCGUCCACGCUUCGACUCGGACCGGGGCUGUCUGUUUGAUGGCAAGGUUGGGAUGUGGCCGUUCGUUCGCAUGACACCCGCUGCCCGAAACUCGCGCAACCGACCCGCUGGAACGUUGGUGCCGUCCUUGGUCAGUGUCGACGGGUCAGUAUAUCGAGAGUACAUUCUCACCAAGGUCGUACCUGCCAUCAAGGCCGUCUUUCCAUCCUCGAACAAGCGUGUGCUCUUGCAGCACGACAAUGCAACGCCCCAUGGUGCGGUCUCGGACGCGGAUCUUGCUUCCGUGUCCACGGAUGGCUGGGUCUUUUCCUUUCGCCGUCAGCCACCCAACAGCCCCGACCUCAACGUGUUGGAUCUUGGCUUCUUCGCCUCGAUCCAGUCACUACAAUACCAGAAGAUGAGUCGCUCUGUGGAUGAUGUCUUGCGUCACACGUUGGAAGCGAGUUGGACCGAGGACUAA